CCAACCAUGAUCACCACCAUGGCUCUGCAGCUCAUUGUUCUCGCUCUCAGUGUCACCUCCACGCUCCUCCUCACCGUGGCGGCCCCACCACCACCACCGCAGCCAUUGCCACCGCCUUCAGGUUGCUCCGACGAGCUUGUUCUGUUCUCGCCAUGCCUGCCCUAUGUCUCGACUCCGCCAAACAACCUCUCCAACACUGCCUCCGACAGCUGCUGUGAUGCCUUCUCCUCGGCUUUAAACUCUAACAAUGGUGUUUGCCUCUGUUACCUUGUCCGGCAGCCUUCAAUCCUCGGGUUUCCUGUCAAUGACACAAGGGUUCUCUCUCUUUCUUCGGUUUGUCCCAUUGGAGAAGACAACAACAGUUCCAUAAAGAUUGGAUCUUUGGAGUCACUUUGCUCAGGGUCAUCAGCAUUGCCUCCUCUGCGGAGCACAACAAAUACCUCAGUAGUUACAAAUCAUUCUGCUUCUGGUCUUAAUGAUGUUCAUUCUCCACCAAAUCAGUUUGCUAAGACACCACCCACACAACAGAACUCAUCACUAGAACCGGCUAGAAUUUCAUCGGCCACAACCAUAAAACAACUUUGUAGCAGCUACAGUUGCUUCGCAUCCGGCAUAGUGAUUCUCCUUGUUCCCAUCUCCAUUCAUCUAUACUCAUCAUGCAACUUAUAAUUAGCUCUUUCAGCACCCAU